AUGAAUGAUGACGAUAUUAAUGCUUAUUUACCCUCUUUAUUGAACCCAAGGCGUAUUAGGAAACAAUAUGGUGAAUUGUCUUUAACUCAGAAUUCAAUUGCAAGUCGAUGUUCGCUGUCGUUACGAAGAAGUCAUGCUUUUAAAUUGAGUAGUAAGCCCAAGGUUCAUCCUUUAAACAAGGAAAACUUGAAGAAUAUUCAAAAUCAAAUUCCUUGUACUGCUUCGGCGAAAUGUAAAAAGCAGUCAGUCGACAGAGACAGUUUAGGAUUCUCUGCCAUUGAAGACCUCCAUAGUGUUACCAAUUAUUUAGAUGGUGUUUCUCUUGGAGUAGUCGAGGGUGAUGUACCAACAGUCACAGAAAAAGUACAAAUCGAUAAUGCAAAAGCUGACACCAAAGUAUCUCUGAGAUCGGUGUCUUCGAACACCGACUUAGACAAAACUUAUGACAAAAAAAGCGAUUCAACAGUUAUCUAUAACAUAGACGAAAGACCUAUCAUCACCCUGUCUUUUGGAGUAAACCAAUGCCAAAGUGUUGAAAUUACCUCCAAAAACAGUAACUUCAAACGCGUGUUAGUUACGCAAAAUAAUGACAACACAAUUGUGGACUGCGAUAUAUUAGAAUCUUCUAAGAUAAGCUCCGAAAGUGAUAUGGAAGAAGAGAAUGACGAACCUCUACCAAACACGCCAAAAAGGUCGGCCGUAACAGUCAAUCUAGAAAUAAAAAAGACAAAAACGUCACCAGAGACAGCAGAAAACUCAAAAGUUCUAAUUUUAAACACAAGUGCCGUUGAAAAGAUAUCUCAUGUCAUCGUUCAACCACCAAAUUAUAAAUUAGUGAAGGGAAAUUUUAUAAAUCACAGUAAAAUUAAAAGCGUUUCUAAGAGAAAAAAGACAGUGUUGGAUUCUGACGUCAGUAAUGGGAUCGUGCGUGGACUGAGACAGAAAUCGAUUGACAGUUUUUUUAGUAAGCGCUCGAAAGUAUCUGAAGAGGAUUGUCCUGUUGGGUUAGAGUCAGUGAAGGUUGGGGUUAUUAAAAAUGGUGAUUCGGGGGAAAUGAGCAAGAAUUCAGGAGUCGCUGAUAAGAGUGGCCGUAAGUCGCCAUUUUUCGGGGGACAAGAUAAUGCGUCGAGCAGACAAGGCACGGCAUCUUCGGCAAGAAAGGCGAGUUCACCGAGACCCGACACUGCAAAUUCGUUACCCCGUGGCGGAGCCCUCACUCCCAAUUCCUUAACACCGCGAAAAAAUGUAGACACGAUUCAAUUUAAUCUAUCGAACAAAUCUCAAUCGACUAAGAGAGCUACAUCCACGAAGGUUAUACCGAGUCAUAAAAUUGUCGCAGGUACUCACUUUGCGGUGGAUGCUUUCUCCUACGGUGACAUUCCAAACGUGAAGCAUUACUUCCUCACGCAUUUCCAUUCCGAUCACUACUCUGGACUGAAGAAGGGCUUUAACAAAUCGCUCUAUUGCACAAAAAUUACUGCGGACCUCUGCAUUUCUCGUCUUGGAGUGCCGCCAAAGUGCAUCCACGUAUUAAAAAUUGACGAAACCAUUCGAGUGGAAGGCGUGGAAGUUACUGCAGUGGAGGCUAACCAUUGUCCAGGCGCAGUGAUGUUAGUGUUCACAUUACCCAACGGCAAGACGUUACUGCACACGGGCGACUUCAGAGCCUCGCCCGCCAUGGAGUCAUACCCCAUAUUCUGGAAUAAGGAUAUUCACACGAUAUACCUGGACACUACGUAUUGCAACCCGCGUUACGACUUCCCAACACAAGAGCAAAGUUUAGAGAUGGCUCUCUACAUUUUGCGACAAAAGAAACAGUCGCUGGAGAAGGCCGGCAAGAAGUUCUCCAGCGUGCUUAUUGUGUGUGGCACUUACACCAUAGGCAAAGAGAAGUUCUUCCUGGGCAUGUCGCGGCGCGUGGGCUGCGCGGUGUGGGCGUGCCCGGAGAAGGACCGCGUGCUGCAGGCCGUGGAGGGCCGCUCCUUCAGCCACGCCCCCCCUCACUCCUGCCAGCUGCACGUCGUGCCCAUGCGGGACCUCACGCAUGAAAAACUGCGCGCUUACCUGGACAGUCUGAAGGGCGCGUUCAGCGAGCUGGUGGCGUUCAAGCCGAGCGGCUGGGAGAAUGGCAAGUCCGCCUGCGUCGAGAAGGACAUGGUCGCUAUACACGGUAUACCAUAUAGUGAGCAUUCUAGUUUCUCGGAGAUGAUUCGCUUUGUCAAGUUUCUGAAACCGAAGCAGGUCGUGCCCACCGUCGAUAUAUCCGGCGGCAUUGGGGCUGUACAGAAGUACUUCCCGUGCCCGCUGGUACACAAGGAGGAGAUGCAGGCUCAGAGCAAGGUCACGGACUUCUUCAGCAUACAGAAGCAACAGCAAGUGCCUGCCGUCACCUGA